GGGGGCGGUGGAGGGGGGGUGAACUAUCUUGACGGACAGUCUCAGCUUCGCCGCUGCUGUACUGUACUGGAGAUGCCAAGAUGGCUGCAAGCAACUACUUCGGCUUCACACAUGGUGCCGGUCCGCAAUACAGUACCCAGCCUCCCCCGGCCUACUCCCACCCCUCCACGGCCAGUUACAGCGUCCAGCAGGCCCCAGCCGUGGCUCACGCAGUGACUGCUUCCUACGCUCCAGCUCCGGUCCAGGCAGCGCGGCCUGUGGCCUCUUCCCCUUACCCGGCUUAUCAGACCCACCAGGCCCCUCCAGAGUACACCUACAGGCAGCCAGACCCCCCAGCCCCCCCGCAGCCCACCACCACCCCACAGACGUACCAGGUGUACUCAGACACGCAGGACAACUACAGCUACGGACGCCCUGCCGCCGUAACCACCUAUGACAAUAAACAGUACUACCAAACUAGUAUUGCCUCUGCUCAGAGGACACCCACAGAGAACUACUACCAGACUGUAGGAGUGAAGAGCACGUAUAGUCCAGCGCCCACCACAGUGUACAGCCAGCCUCCUCCUCCCCAGAGGCAAGUAACGGCCUUGAAACCCCUGGCCCCCUCCAGCGCUGUGUCUACCAGCUACAACAUCUACCCAGUGUCCACUAGUGUCCAGCAACCUCCUACUCCCAUUUCAUCCUACACCCUUGGCUCAUCCUUCAGCUCCACCGUUGCAGCCACUUCAUACUCGGGCAUUAGCUACCCCAGUUAUGAUUCAACUGGCUACACCUCCACAUCCACCCCUUCCUAUUACCAGCCGGCCCAACAGACCCUUGCCCAGCCGCAGCCUCCACUACAGCAGCCACAGCAGCUCCAACAGCCACAGCAGCCUCAGCAGCCCCAGCAACCCAAGCCCCACAUCCACCCACCACUCAAGCAACUGACAAGCUCAUCCUGGAGCAACUCGGGGAGCAACAUGGUGACGGCUCCAACCGUAAACACCUACAAAAAGCCAACGUUUCACCAAAACAAGCCGCAGAAGCCCAAAGGGCCUCCAAAGCAUCCGCCCAUCUACUACUGCGACAUUUGCAAGAUCAGCUGUGCAGGGCCUCAGACAUACCGGGAGCACCUGGAGGGCCAGAAGCACAAGAAAAAGGAGGCAGCACUGAAGUCUGGGGGACAGACGGGGACCACCAACGGGCCCAGAGGUGUCCAGACUCAGCUACGCUGUGAGUUAUGCGAUGUCUCCUGCACUGGGGUAGAUGCCUACGCCGCCCAUAUCCGUGGGGCCAAACACCAGAAGGUGGUGAAACUUCACACCAAGCUAGGCAAGCCUAUACCUUCCACUGAGCCGGUGUUGGUGAAUUCUGGUCCAGUCGUCACAACCUCGACUGCCGGGAAACCUCCGGUCUCCACCUCUGCUCCUGCCUCAGUCUCAACCACUACAAUCCCCACUGCAACACUAAAACAGGGGGCCGUAAACGCCACGGCUAAAACAGCAUCACCAGUCAAGAAACCAGCUCCCACCAAAAUAACUGUCAUUUCCUACAAGCCUCUUAACCCUCCAGCAGUGACACCGGUAGCAGUAGCACCAGCACCAAUGGCACCUGUGAAGGUGGCGGCGCCCACGGUCCAACCAGUCCAGAGGAUGGAGCCUCUGAGUGACGAUGAGGAUAGCGACAGAGCGGGUGGCCAGGGUGAUAUCCAGCCGGUGGGACACGACUAUGUAGAGGAGGUCCGUAACGACGACGGCAAAGUGAUUCGAUUUCACUGUAAACUGUGUGAGUGCAGCUUCAAUGACCCCAACGCAAAAGACAUGCACCUGAAGGGAAGAAGGCACAGACUGCAAUACAAGAAGAAAGUGAACCCAGAACUUCCUGUGGAGAUUAAGCCCAGUAACCGGGCCAGGAAGCUGCAGGAGAGCAAGCUGAAGAAGCAGAAGCAGAAGGCGGUGCUGAAGAGACAGAGGGACGACGAGCAGCGCUGGCACAUGGAGAUGAGGCGAUAUGAGGAGGACAUGUACUGGAGGAGAAUGGAGGAGGAGCAGAUGUACUGGGGGGAGCAGAGACGCAGGAUGGCGCCACCACCACUGAUGAGUCGCCCUGGUAUGCCAGUGCCCCCUCUACUGACAUGCGUGCGUCGGCCUGACUCCCCUGAUGAUCGUCACAUCAUGGCCAAGCACUCCACCAUUUAUCCAGUGGAAGAGGAGCUGCAGGCUGUUCAGAUGAUCGUCUCCCACACUGAGAGAGCCCUCAAACUGGUGUCCGACUCCCUGUUGGAGAAGGAGACGUCAGCUGUGGCCCCCGCUGCUACUGAAGGAGGAGACGAGAAAGGUACUGACAAUUCAGCCCGGCUCCUCAAAGGUGUGAUGAGGGUCGGUAUCUUGGCCAAAGGCCUGCUGCUUCGCGGGGACAGAAAUGUGGAGCUCAUCCUUCUCACUGCUAAGAAACCCACCAUCUCUCUGUUGAAGAACAUCGCCAAGCAGUUGCCCAAGGAACUGGAGACAUUUUCUGAAGAUCAGUAUGAGGUGCAGGCUCACCCCGAGGAGGCGAACGUCGUGAUAUUUUCAAGCAAGGAGCCAAAAAUGCAGGUGACCAUUUCUCUCACCUCGCCGCUGAUGAGGGAGGACCCUGCUUCCGAGAAGGACAAGCAGGCAGAAGGAAAGUCGGCUGAGAAAGGUUUGGCUGAGAAGGACCCUCCUGAUCUCCUGAAUAAGAGGAAAUGCCUGGAAAACCUGGCUGCUCUCCGUCAUGCCAAGUGGUUUCAGGCUCGUGCCAACGGGCUGCAGUCCUGUGUUAUCAUCAUUCGGGUGCUGAGAGAUUUAUGUCAGCGGGUUCCCACCUGGGGAAAGAUGCCUGGCUGGGCGAUGGAGCUGCUGGUGGAGAAGGUGAUCAGCAGCGCUACAGGCCCGCUGAGCCCGGGGGAGGCCAUGCGCCGAGUCCUGGAGUGCAUCUCCACAGGCAUCCUGCUGCCAGAUGGACCGGGGAUGAUGGACCCAUGUGAGAAGGAACCAACAGAUGCUUUGGAAAGCAUGAUGUCUCAAGCAAGAGAGGACAUAACGGCCAGUGCUCAGCAUGCUCUGCGGCUCCUUGCUUUCCGUCAGAUCCACAAGGUCCUGGGCAUGGAGUCCCUGCCCGCGUCCAAGGCGAGCGCUCGCAACCGCAAACGUCGACGGGAUGUCAGCGAAACGGGAGAGGGCGAGGGGGAGGGCAAGAAGGACAAGAAGGAAGAGGAAGAAGAAGAAAGUGCUUGACCUCCUCCUCCAGAGCAGAGAAGUUUGCUAGUUUAGAGACUGGUACAGUGUCACAACUCUAAAAAUGUGGUUCUCAUGAAAACAAUAACACGCAGCUAUACACAUAUGAAUAUAACUAACUUUAAAUGUUACAUGUCUGCUCAUGAAUUUUGUUUUGGAGGAGGAGGAGGACUGAAGUCUGAGAAUCUCUCCCACAAAUCUUGCUCCAGUUAGGCGAUUUCUUUAAAGUACGCUGAGAAAAUUGUCUCCGUUGAAAAAAAACCCCACCCACCUGAAAAUGACUGCAUCAUUCCAUUUUACUAUAAUUGCACACUACUAACCAUUGCUCCCUCGUUUAUUCACAAUAGUUCAACCACCGCUGUCACAUACAGUAGUAUUGUUUUCUAUGACAUUAGGGCGUCUAGUAUCAUUACAUCAUGAGCACCUUAAGCUUUAUCUCCAGAUUCUGAGCUCUACUGCUCUUAAGGCCAGUUCAAUUUUACCAUCCAACUUUUGGGAAAUGAGUCACUGAGCUGAUGUCGGUGCAUGACAUUUGUAACACUGGAAAAAAAGAUGGGGACUUAAGAGAGACAUCAUAAAGAUCUGACUUUUAACAUUUGCCUCGGGGGAUCUGAUCACAACCGAGCCUUUGUUCAGGAUCUACAGAAACCAAAACUGUGAUGUUCAUUGUGCCUAAGAUGACGCAUUAGUAGGGAAAAAAAAGAUAAUGUGAUGCUGUUGAACGAACCUUACAAGUCCUUCCUGAACUCUCCACACCAUUUAAAGUCUCCUGUAAAGCUUUCCUCCUUAUACGUGUUGAAAACUUUGCGGGAGAUGAAAACGUUUGAAAAUCCAACCAAAGGCCUCCAAGGCACUCCAAUCCAAAAGUGAACUAGUUUAAAAUAACUUCCCCCUUGAAAUUACGUUGUUACAGGUUUGAUCAAAAACCUACAAAGACAUACAAGCUCGGCUUUGUGCAACAUCCCCCAUGGGGUCUUUCUGCGGCGGUCACACUGGAGAGUGAAUCUGUCUCGGGUGAGACGAGUCUUACGUUGCACAGUCUGUAGCAUGCUGAGAAAAUGAAGCACUUAAGAAAUGGCAGUGUUACUGUAUGCAAACAUAAUUUUUGUCAUUUGAAUGAAAUGCCUAGUAAUCUUAUUUUCUUCCAGAGAAUGGUUUAGCAGAGAGGAGAAUCUUUAGUCAUAAGAAUAAAACUGAAGGUAAGACUGAAUAUCUACUGUAAUUGAAAAAAAGAUGGUUAUAGACUUUGACUUUCUUCCUUGUGCCUGCGUCAUAUUGUGUAUUACAGAGGACUGAGUAAGGGGAAACAUGUUUUUGUGUGGUUUUCAUUGUGAUUAUCUUAUUUCACACACAGAUGUGGGACGGGGAAGGGACAGUUGCACAACUUGUUGGCUUAAAAGUUAAAAGAUGUGAGAGAAUUAUUUGUGCAGUUUUUAGUUUGAUUUCAUUUACUAAGAGCAUCAUAUAUAUAUAAGUACUGCUUAUUUUAUUUCUGAAGGAAUCUAUUUGGUAUUGUUUAUAAGGAAAGUGUGAGCGUUGCUGUCUUAUUAUUUGAAUGUCUUUGUAGUGUUGCCCUAUAAAUGAAGGGGAGCUAUUAAAACACUUUUAAGCCA